AUGAUUAAAUGAAAUGAUAAUAUUGGUGGAAACGAAAAAAAAUUUCUUCUUUACAAAAUGAUGAUUAUGAAUCCUAAUAAUGAUCGUGAUUCAAUGAACGAUUCGAAUACGAAUCUUCUUGGUGAUGAUGGUGAUAAGAUUGAAAAUAAAAUUGAUAAAUUAUUCGAAAUUCAUUCGGAAAAUGAAUCAAAUGAUACUGAUAUAAAUGAACGAUUUAGCCAUUCAUCACCAACACCGCCACCACCACCAGCUCCCGAUCUAAUACCUCAACUGAAUCAACAACAUUCUAAUAGCGAUAUCACCACAGAAAUUGUACGAGCAACACAAUAUGGAAAUUUAGAUUUAUGUCAGAAAAUAAUUGAUUCCGGACGUUAUGGUGUUAAUCAACGUGAUCAUGAAAACGUCACCCUUCUUCAUUGGUCUGCUAUCAAUAAUCGAUUGGAUUUGGUUAAUUAUUUCAUAUCGAAAGGUGCCAUCGUUGAUGCUAUUGGUGGUGAUCUUCAAUCUACUGCACUUCAUUGGGCAACCCGACAAGGACAUCUUCCAAUGGUAGUACUAUUGAUGCAACAUCGAGCUGAUCCAUCAUUAUUAGAUGGUGAUGGAUAUAAUGCUCUGCAUUUAGCUGCUCAGUUUGGACAUACUUCAAUUGUGGCUUAUUUCAUUGCCAAAGGACAAGAUAUAGAUGCUCCCGAUACAAAUGGAAUGACAGCAUUAAUGUGGUCUUCAUUUCGUAAUAAUUCAAUUGAUCCCACCCAACUUUUGAUAACAUUAGGAGCAAAUUUAUCAUUGACUGAUCGAAAUCGUAACACAGCAUUACAUCGUGCGGUAUUGGCACGAAAUCCGAUAGCUGUAUCAUUAUUGCUCAAACAUGGAGCCAAUCCUAAUCUGAAAAAUAUUGCCGGCGAUACACCCAUUGAAAUGUCUGUCAAAUUUCAUGCCAAAUUCAUUCAUAGUUUGUUUAUGGAGAAUCAAAAACAAAUUGAAGCUAAACAACCAUUAGCUAGGAUAAAGAUUGCUCCAAACACCGAGAUUCGUAUACCGAAAUGGCGUGAUCCACAAUUUCGUCAUUAUGUGAUGGCAUUAACACCAUUCAUUUACUAUUAUCUGUUUGGAAAACUAUGUGAAAGUGAUCUGAUGUUAUCAAGUAAAGCUCUACUAUUAAUAAUGCUAGUCGGUCUACUUUAUCUUCUUAUUCGAUACAUGUUUGAUGCUAAACAAUUGAAUGUUUUGGCCAUUUCAUUAUAUUUAUCCACGAAAAUCUGGCUUUACAUAACAUUUUUUCAAUAUUUUCUUUUCGUUUUUUCAUCAUUCGAAUUAUUCAUAUUCAUUUUAUGUUCGACGGGUCUAUUUUAUAGUUUUUAUAAAUGUUAUCAUAGUGAUCCUGGUUAUAUUUCCAAUAGUCGUGAAGAACAGAUCAAGACCAUAAUCGAGCUAGGUGAACAUGAAGGUUUUGAUUCAUCAUGGUUCUGUUCAACAUGUCUGAUACGUAAACCAACACGUUCGAAACAUUGUUCAUUAUGUAAUCGUUGUGUGGCACGUUUUGAUCAUCACUGUCCAUGGAUUGGUAAUUGUGUUGGAUAUCGUAAUCAUAAAUAUUUUAUCUGGUAUCUUGCUACAUUAUCAAUGACUCUAUUCUGUUAUAUUGUUGCCACCAUACAUUAUUGGGAUUUUCUUGAUGACAUACGAGAUGAUAUCAACGAAUCUGAUCGAAUAAUGACCAAUAGAAAGCAUGAAUCUUUUGUGGAUGUUUGGUCUAAUGUAGUCACAUAUAAUGGAUGGAUCACAUGGUCACUAGUCAAUGCUUUGAUCCAUGUCAUUUGGGUUGUUUGCCUAUUAUUUUUUCAAUUAUAUCAGAUAACUUGCCUUGCUAUGACAACUAAUGAACGAAUCAAUGCUGAUCGAUAUCGAUAUUUUAAACAAAAUAAACGUUCUGGAAAUAUUCAUAAUCCAUACAACUAUGGUUUUAUUCGAAAUUUUAUUGAAUUUUGUGAAUGUCGCCGUUUAAACAUGUGUUUAUAUAAAUCACCAGAUCUACAUGAUUGGCGUUAUGUAUUUGAAAAUUUUGAAGCAAUGGGCCGAUAUGAUUCCGAUGAUGAUGAUGAUGGUGGUGGUAGUUCAUCACAUGAUGAAAUCAAUGUUUAAUACAAAAACAAAUGGAACAUGAAAAAAUUGAAUUCAUCCAGCAUUUUUUCCACAUUUUACCUAGCCCAUGCACACAUACCCACACACUCUCUCAGUAUUCCAAUUUGUAAUGAUUUGUUUUGCUUGAGUUUGUGAACAUUUUUUUUUCUCAAUAAUAUUUCGAUAUAUUUUAUUUUGAAUU